AUGUUAUUCAUUAAAAUUGCCACGAUUCUCUUCUUCAUCUCUGUCAUCGAUGUGUUUGUUUCAGCGCAAAGAAAAAUUGGAUAUCCAGUGGUUUUAAUACCAGGAGACGGUGGCUCCCAGCUGGUGGUCAAGCUGAACAAGUCAUCAACCCCGCACUAUCUCUGCCGCAAGGUCACCGCUGGCUAUGAGACCAUUUGGGUGAACCUUGAAGAGCUUUUGCCAGAGGUCAUUGACUGUUUUGUGGACAAUAUGAGGCUCCGAUAUGACCCUGUCAGCCGGACAACGCAUGAUGGUCCAGGUGUGGACAUUCGAACAACAGGAUUUGGUGAUACAGCUUCUGUGGAAUACCUUGACCCAAAUCCAGCAACUCACCUGUCUUCUAAAAUGACAUACUUCAGCCAUAUUGUUGAUGAUCUGGUUGCCAUAGGAUACACUAGGGGUUUGUCUGUGAGAGGAGCACCAUUUGAUUUCAGAAAAGCACCCAAUGAACUUGGACAGUACUUUGUGGAUCUGCAGCAGCUGAUAGAAGACACUUUCCUGAAGAACAACAACACAAAAGUGGUUGUCAUCGGUCACAGCAUGGGCAACCCCGUAUUCCUGUACUUCCUCAACCGCCUGCCUCAGCAGUGGAAGGACAAGUACAUACAAUCCUUCAUCAGUCUUGCUGGUGUGUGGGGAGGCGCAGUGAAAACUCUGAGGCUAAUGGCUUCAGGUGACAACCUUGGUGUGGUCGUUGUCAACGUCAAUAAAAUCCGGCCAGAACAACGGGCCAUGCCUAGCACCGCAUUUCUGAUGCCAAACGACCGGUUCUGGAACCGGUCAGAAGUUUUGGUGGUUACUCCUGAAAAAAACUACACCGUGGCAGACUACAAGGAAUAUUUCACGGAUUUGAAUUUCACCGAUGGCUUUGAGAUGUGGAAGGAUACCAAGGACCUGGUAUAUGACCUCACCCCUCCAGAGGUGCCAGUUUUAUGCAUUCACGGCUCUGGGGUUCCGACUGUGGAUACUCUUAUCUUUGGCAAGGGACAGUUCCCCGACACAUAUCCUGCUUCUGUGAACGGGGAUGGAGAUGGAACUGUGAAUUUGCGCAGCCUCUUGGGCUGUUUGAGGUGGGUUGGAGCUCAGAAAUACCCGGUGAGGCAUGUGGCUUUAAAUGGAAGCUCAACAGAACACAUGGCCCUUCUGGCAAACUCUGAUGCGAGACAGUACAUAAAGGAUGUUGUUACUGGGGAAAGACUUUUAGACUGA